AUGAUUUUAUUGUGUUUGACCACAGAUCAAGGCAGCACUCCAACGAUUCGAAGUGAAACUUUGCCAGUGGAUUUUUACACGACUGUUGAAAGUGUUCCGUUUAUUGAAAUAGAUGCAACAUGCAAAAGAACACUUCAAAAUGGAAAACCUUUCAGGUAAGAGGGGUGUACAAGGGGGUUGGGGGGUGGGUGGGGAAGUCUUCUUCUAAAUAACAAUAGUUUGGUUACAACAAAGAUUUAUCAACAGCAAGAGUGGAUCUCAUAGACAUUGUUCGUAAAUCGUCAGAGUUUGGGCCAUGUUUAUAAUAGAAAGGAAACUAUAACAGUUUUAUUAAAAGGGUGUUUCACGGCAGUCGUUGUAUCCUCAGACUCAGAAAAGACAGGCACAAGCAGAUCCCCCACUUCAAUGAUGACAGUCCCCGGAAUCUUAAAUGGUGUGAACGUUGGUCAUAAUUACCCCCACCCCACCCCCAAGCUCUUAGCACACCUUCGGAAAAAAAAAUCCGAUCAAAUGGCCGAAAAUGCCGCCCCUAAAUUUAAAUGAAAUAUAACGCCCUCCUAGGAACGCCCCUUCCAACGCAGCUGCCCCCAUCCUGUAAAAGCCUCUUUCAUACCUUGGUCCUAUGACCAGGGGUGUCAUAAAACAAAAAUAUCCAGAAACACAUCGUCUCAGACAAGCGACUGAGGCAGAUAUUCCAGGGGCGUUGCUUGGGAGCUUGUCACACUUGACGACACAUCCCGGUGAGAGAUAGCGCUGUUGCUGUAAAGACACGGAUGGCUCUCCCGACUGUUGUCGUGAUAUGGAGAGAUCAGAGAGCUGUUGCAAGGAAUAAGGAUGUCAGCCUAAAAAAAAACACAUGGCUUCCUAAACAAAUAUUCAGUUAGCCAGAUCGAUAAGUCAUACAUAUGUGCAAUAAGCCGUAAAAAUAUAUCCAUUAGUCUUGUGAGUUUUCAGUUAUCGACGUAAACAUUCAGUUGUAUGAACAUUCGCUUAGCUGCUUGCAUAUUGAGUGACCUACAUACAUAAGAAAUCUGAAAAACUAACAUGUAGUUAUCUGUUUAAAGAUGUCAUCUAUUAAACGAGACUGUCACGGGCUAAAUCAGCUCCCAAACUAUGUAAAUAAGCUAAUAAUGCAUGCAUUUUCAAUCACAAGGGUGACUUCUGACUAUGAGAGAAAAAUGCUCGUAUCAUAUGGGAACGCGUCCCUCUAUCUUGGCUACAUUAACAGCACAACCGAACUACUCUGGCUCGACACUGGAGAGGACAACGUCUGUAGCGCUGUGGCCGUUGGCUCUUCUAAAUUCGUAAGACACCAUCUUAAACAUUUAAAAUCCGUAACUUUUCACUUUGUCUUUACUAUAUUACACAAUGUUCUUAGACCUAAUUAAUGGGUAAAGAUGCACCGAGUCGGUGCAAAUUUGUUUUGGGGAGACACGUUGUUACAGCAACAGUCAAAUCUUUCUCGCAUUCUUCACAUGCCCUGUAUCUAGGUCUUAUGAUCCAUCUUGGAUAUAUCCGUGGCAAAAUAAGAUAGAAUACACUUUUAUAGCUUAUCUUAAAGCGAAAUGGGACGUAGUCAACCGUUACAUAUCACGGGGGAGUAAAGAUUUACCAUUAUAACAAUUAUAUUGUCCGAUGCUUAACAAUCUCUGAUAGGUUUAAUUGAAGUGCGCCAUCCUUUGCCUUCCCACAGGUUCAACAUGAGUACACGCCUAUGCCAUGCGGCACGCGCCUGAGAGUCUUAUGUCAGCUGAAAAAGUCAUAUAACGGUGAGUGACGCCAUGUUAAAACGUGGCAGAAAUUACUUCAACUAAAUACGUGUUUCCCUUGUGGACUAGUUUUCUUCAUGUGAUCGCCUCAAGACAAUACCACUUUGGUUUGUAUCCUACAUUUUCAGACACAUCGCCCCCGAAAUUGAAGAUCACAGCCAAUUGGCCAGGUGUCAUGGUGAUCGGCAAUGAGAUCCAAGCCCCUUCAAGACUAGCACGUCAGUUUGGCAGCUUAAGUGACGCCAAUGGUACCCCUAUCCAAAACGACGUCUCCAUUGAGUGUGUUACUUCCAUAGGACCGGUAAGCUCGUUGGGUUCUUAAAUGAUUUUUUUUUAAAAAUUAAGCCAUCUUCUGUCAACACGGUUUAUCGAUAAUAAACUACGUCAAUUAGGCAGUGAUUAUAUUAUGCCAAUGAUUUAGAGGCUCUGAAUACCCUGAAUUUUCUGAAAAGUCUUAUUAAAAUAAAACGAAGAUGAUCAUUUAAACUAAGGCCACCAAAAUGCACAUUUUCAAUUAGCAUUUAAGUACAAAUCGAAUUAUUUUGGCCUUGAUAAAAUCUCUUUUCCCCCUCCACUUUGACCAGCUUCAGGCAGUGACGUUCUACAAGAAUGGGAUUCCAUUUAUGUCUCAGGAUGGUAUGCCUUCCACGGUGGGCCACUAUUUUAAUUUGACAGUACAAGAAGCAAGUACCAUUUUUUUUAUCUUAAUCAAAGUAUUGCGAUGAAGAGGGCACUCUAAUAAAUGCACCAGGCACUUGGGUAAAUGCUAAAAUUUAGCUACAUUUAUUUUUACAGAGGUAUCUAUUUUAUACACAAAUAAUAUUAUAUUAUAAUACCGUGUUGUAUUAAAUAAUAUUAAGACAUUUCAAUAUUUAACACAGAAUGAAUUUUCUGCCUCUGGUGAUUCUGACAUCGAUCUCAACCAAUACUUACACUGUGAGAUCAAUAAUCUAAAAGAUGGCUCCACCCAACAAUCAGACUUUGCCUUUAUACGCCUUACGGGUUAGUCUUCUAUGAAUUUAUGCGUUGAAAUAUUGAUCUAAGGCAGUCGGAAAAAAACUUAAUGAUUCAUUGUACUGGUUGGGGAAAUAUAAGCAAGAGCUACAGAAAACAGUCAAGAAAUUAAUUUGUUUGAAACCAUUUUGUUCCGAAAUAAUUUUGUUUCCGAUGAAUUGAUAUACUAGUUGAUGGAUAAGCCAAGUGGGGCUUUUGACCUCCGAAGGGGCUUAUGACAAGUGGACACAUUUAGUUUAAAGAAGAAACUUAUGUUGAAACAGUGAGUUAACUCAAUUGCAGCUAACAAUAUAUGAUAUCAAUUAAAUUUAGUUUGUAAUAAUAUAUUUUAAUGUUUUAUGUCUGUCUUUUAAAAACUUUUGAAGGAUAAAGACAAGAAAGACACAUUUAGAAUGUAGUUUUCUUAUUUCCCGUUGACUUGACGAGAUAUCUGAUAUAGAAUGGUAUUUCUUAUUACCAAUUAUAUACAAGAUAUAAGUUGUUAUAGAAUGUUGUUUCUUAUCAGUGACUUGACCAGAUUUUUGUUAUAGAGUGUAGUUUAAAAUCACCAAUUGAUUAGACCAGAUAUUUGCUACGAAUGUAGUUUACUUAUCACCAUUUGACUUGACUAGAUAUGUGCUAUAUAAUUUAGUUUCUUAUCAGCGAGUUGACCAGAUUUUUGUUAUAGAAGAAUGUAGUUUAAUAUCACCAAUUGAUACGAUCAGAUAUGUGUUAGUGAAUGUAGUUUUAAUAUCACCAAUUGAUACGAUCAGAUAUGUGUUAUUGAAUGUAGUUUUCUUAUCACCAAUUGCCUAGACCAGCUAUUUUUCCUUUGUUCUCAGAUUACGAGAUCUAUUCACUGCACAUUGACCUGAUGUCCAAUGACAUGGCGGACAAACUUGCCGUGGUCAUGCUCGAGGCUUCAUUACUAAAUCAAUGGACUCCUCAAACCUUUGUUGCCAGUUCCAGAAAUCUUUCCCUUGAUCCAACACUGACAAUAACUCGUUCUUUAUCAAAUGGGUCAACACUGGUUGACCUCCAGAACAGCCUGAACGAUGUUGUAAAGCCUUUGCAGCGUUGGCGGAUAAAACCAAUGAUGUUUACGUAUGUGCUUCACUUAACAUUGUUUGUUUGGUUCACUUAACAUUGUGUGAUAGUUUAUCACAAAUUGUUUUAUUUAAACAACAUAGCAUAAUUGUUAUAAGUCUUGAUAUAUUAUAAUAGCUUAGUAUCAUUUUAAAAAAAAAUCUAACUGAAAAAAAAAAUAUAUAUAUUAUGUUUUACAUCAACUUAUAUAAUCAUAUAACGUCCACACCUCAUUAAUGAAACUGAGUAAUAUAUCAAUUAAUUAUUUUAGUAAUUACAAAUGGCAAAUCUUUAUUUUCAACAUGUGGAAAAUAAAAUCCACCCAGGAUUUAUGUUCUUUUAUCUAUACAUCCCCAAAUGAUGACAGAAAGAGUCUUGUGGCGUAUUUUUAUCAGAACGCUUCUGAAACACAAACCAUUGAAGAUAUGAACCAGACAAUGUUGGAACUCGCAUCUAAGAACAUAAUGGAACUUUUCCGAAAGGUAUUACUGGAACAAUCACAUCAGUAAACAACUAUUUUAUGAAAUAUUUUAUUCAAUGGAAUUUUAACCAAAGUUUUUUGUUUUUUUUCUGGAACCCUGGUCCUAUGACAAAACUGUUAACUCUAAAUCUAUUCAGUGUUGGCAGUACAAUUCUCUUCUCAGUGAUGCUACUGCAAUCCUUUUCUUGUGACGUUAGUAGCACACUCUUGUGGGCGAUGUUAGUAACAUCCUCUUCUUACAGCGGUAGGAACGCCAUUUGUCCAUUAGAUCAUUGAAUCUCUCUUGUUGCCUGGUCACAGCUGCCGUCUGUUGUAGCUUGGUUAUAGCUGCCCUUUCUUUUAAACUAGUUAUAGCUGCCGUCUCCUGUAACCUGGUAUAGCUGCCAUCAUUUGUAUCCUGGCACGGCUUGCCCUUUUCCAUUAUAAAAUCUCAUGUCCCUCCGUGAAGAAUCCCCCAUUUCAUUUUGCAUGUAUUUGUUGUUGGACGUUAAAUCAACUCUUUCCCAUUCAUAUCAAAGAAGUUUUUCUUGAUAUAUAUUUAUAUAAAUGUAUUCUUUAAUUACCACUAACUACAGAGAAAGGAUGAGCUUCAACAAUUCAAUGUCGCGUCUGUCCAAGUGCGUAGCAUUGACUGGUGCUGGCCUGUAAAUCUGUCAGACACCAUUAGCAACGCUGGAUACAACCUCCCCAAGUCAACCGUCGGAACAGUCUGGAAGAGCCCAAGUACAUGUGCACAGGGUAAUACACCUAGGCAUCCCCUACAACUUGUUAUCAAAAAUAAAAAUUCCUUUAAAACAUUUGAAGAAAGCGUCUUUUCGAACAAAACCCAAAAUUUAUAUUAACAGUUUUUACCAUUGUAAUAUCAUUUUGUCGCAAUGUCCUUACAAUGUCCAUGCAGACCGCCAACCACUGGUGACCAUGGCAUGUGAGGGAGAUAAGAUCAUUGGACUACACUGGAGCCGUCAUGUAAACCCGCUCUGUGACUACUACUCUGCUAAUAAUUCUGAGAGAACUGACGUCACGUACUGGCUUCAGGAUAUAGCAAUGGUUGGAAUCUUUUUUGUUUUUUCAUAAUCAAAUUUUACCUAGAGAUCGUAUGUUAUUUGUUUGGUUUAUAUCAAUGUAAUAAUGUAACAGAAGAACAUAGAAUGUUUUACCUAGAGAUCGUAUGUUAUUUGAUUGGUUUAUAUCAAUGUAAUAAUGUAACAGAAGAACAUGGAAUAUUUUACGGGGUCUGAAGAAUUUAAAGAAAAUUUACUUAUCUAUUUAUGAAAUUAUUUUUUAUUUAUGGUUUUAAUAUAAGAUUUUAUUUACUGAUAUUUUUAAAAACAUUUUUAAAAAAUUCUAAACAGAGAGACAUCAACAACUCGAAUGUUGAGGAAAUUGUGAACUUAACAAGAAGAAUUAUUCUUACAGAGCUGGACAUUAUCAGGGUUAUACCUGAAGAUGUCAGAUAUAUCGCAGAUAUUUUCCAGAAGAUCAGUUACAUCAGUGUUAAGACCCCGGCCACCGUUCAGGGAAUGCUGGACGUUGCUGCUUUCAUGAGGAACUUCCCGGAUCAUGUCUUAACAGAGUCCCAGAGAUUAGGGAACGCCACAAACAGGUUUGUCAUCAGAUGCUAACAAGUGUCUGUAGGAAUAAUGUUUUUUUUUUAAUAUAUUGAUUUUUUGAAUUUUUUAUGAUUUCCCUGACAUCACUUUCAGGGUUUCCCGCUGCCCACCAGACAUUACACCCCAACCCUAAUGGGAUUCGGGUACGCUUAAUGUAUAUUUACAACCAGUUGUAAAUACGGGAAACUUGCUUUCUCAGCUAAGCUAAGAUUUAAAUAUGCGCUUAUAUAUCUUCAGAGUUUGCGGUUUUUAUUAUAUGCUUAAAAACCCCAUUGUAGAUGUAUCUUCUUAUCCUGUUCGCAAUUAGAUAAACUUGAAUUGGUUUAAAUAUCGAUACAUCUGUAAGUUGUAAUAAAUAAUUGUCUAUAAUAGAAACUAAAUUAAAAUAAUAUUAAAUUGACCCUUUUUUUGGUUCAAUUUUUCUUUUUAAAAAAGUAUUUUUUUUUUUUACAUAUUUAGAAUUUUAAAGAGUCUGGAUCUAUCGGGAGGUCAGGUUGAAAUUGGGACCGACCAAAAUUACCUGCGAAUAACUUCCGGUGGUCUUGGCCUGGAAGUCUGGAACCUUAGCCGUAUCAAUGACAGUACAUUGGUUCUGGGAAUUAAGGUGUGUAUUUUGUUGAGACUUAAGCUACAAUACGCGUGACGUAUUCUCUAGUUUAUCCCAAAUUAAAUAUUGUGUCUGUUUGGGACAAUCAGUAAUUUCAAGCUGAAAGAAAAUCUUUUAUUUUUUUCCUCUCCCAGAUAUUGUCUGGUGAUAAAACAGAGGUUCUUACAUCAGAAAACCUCCGGAC